AUGGGACGGUUCGAGCUUCGGGAGGCCGAGCCGAGGGAUAUACCUGCAUUGCUGGGCCUGAUUAGAGAGUUAGCAGAGUAUGAGCGUAUGCCAGAGAUGGUCAAAGCUACUCCAGAGCUACUCCAGAGAAAUAUCUUUGAGCGUCACUUUGGCUCUGCCGUUGUCGCUGUAGACACACGUAAUGCAAGCAGAGUGGUCGGUAUGGCCCUCUGGACUACCACUUUCUCGACUUGGACUGGCAAACCUUCUCUCUAUCUAGAGGAUUUAUACGUCCAGCCCGAGGCAAGAAAGCACGGAUUAGGCAAGGCACUCUUCGGCUGGCUAGGCAAGAAGUGCCGAGAAUUAGACUGCGCUCGCCUCGAAUGGGUUGUCCUGAAAUGGAACGAGCCAUCCAUCAAAUUCUACGAGGCGCUAGGCGCAACGACCAUGAAGGAUUGGGACACCAUGAGGCUUGAAGGCACAGCGCUAGCAGAUCUAGAGAAGCUACUGCCGUCAUAG